GUGUAAAGACAGGGUUCUCCAAGGUGAUUAUCCUUUAAGUAAAUAGACAGAUCUGUGUUCAAAGCUGUUUCCUGCUGUCUGUUCAAUUGAUUACACCUUACAUAAAUAUCAGGUUUCUCUUCUGGGUAAAAACUAGCUGGCAGCCUUUGUUCUACAACUACGCCACUCUGUCAAUGUCAUUUAAGUGUCAAGAGAUGACAUGUAAAAUGACAUCUGUCAGAAUUCCACCGAUGUAAUGUCCGAAGAUGCUGAUGCUCUCGGUAAUUUUUCUGGUCUAAAAGUCUGCGAAAUAAAUAUCUCCGAAUAAAACAAAAUAAGAAAAGGUAGUGAUUGCAUACUCUUUAAAAAUAAGAAGAAGAACAAUUUUCUGAAAAGCCGAUAAUAAUAUUUUAUGGUUGAACAAAAGUAACACUCAAAUUGACAAUAUUGUAAAGUAAAAGCUAAUUAGUAAGACAAAGUUAAAUACAAUGGCUUCUUCCUUGGAACAGUUUGUUAAUAAUGUGAGAACUUCUUCAGCUUCAGGAAACUUUCGGGAAUUAUGUGACACUAUUGGAAAAUCAGAUGAAGUAUUGCAGAGGAACAGUGCCCAUCUUAACACUGUGCUGGAGACCUUAGAUAUACAGCAACAUUCUCUUGGAGUGCUAGCAGUGCUGGUUGCUAAAUUCUCAUUGCCUCCAGGCAACAACGAUGUGGAUAAAUCAACAAUGUUUCAGCAAAUCCAUGAUUUCAUUAAUAACUGUAAUGGUGAACAAGUUCGAUUUUGUCCUGAGCUUUACGCAGACUUAUGCCAUCUUCUGACUGACCACCUUGUUGAACUGAAACAACCCAUUAGAGGUAUAGAAAUCUUGAAGAAGGCAAUUAGAAAAAUUCAGUUAUUUGAUUCACAACUGACAUCGAUCCAUGCAGAUUUGUGCCAGUUAUGCCUGUUGUCUAAAUGCAUGAAACCUGCGCUUGAGUUCUUGGACACUGACGUUACAGGCAUUGGUUUUGAGCUUGGUGGUGCAAAUGACUCUAAACAUUUUCUUCUGUACUAUUACUAUGGGGGAAUGAUAUACACAGCAAUGAAGAACUACGAUAGAGCCCUGUAUUUCUUUGAAGUAGUUGUCACAGUACCAGCCAUGGUUGUAUCUCACAUAAUGUUGGAAGCUUACAAAAAAUACAUUUUGGUUUCAUUGAUUUUGCACGGAAAGAUACAACCCAUGCCUAAAUACACAUCACAAGUAGUCUGCCGCUUCCUCAAGCCGUUGUCGGUCGCGUACCAUGAGCUGGGCACUUCUCAACACGCUGCUAUAAAGCACAGGGAAACUUUUGUGAGAGACAAGAAUAUGGGUUUGGUCAAUCAGGUGCUAAGUUCAAUGUAUAAAAAAAAUAUUCAAAGGCUCACAAAAACAUUCUUGACCCUUUCGCUGAGUGACGUCGCUUCACGUGUGCAGCUUUCGGGGCCUGCGCAAGCAGAAACUUAUAUACUCAAUAUGAUUGAAGACGGUGAAAUCUAUGCUAUGAUAAAUCAAAAAGACGGAAUGGUGGUAUUCCUCGAUAGCCCGGAGAAGUAUGCGUCGCCGGAGACCCUGUGCGUGCUGGAACAACAAAUGGCUGCCUGCACCAAGCUGCAUCAAUACAUUCAAGAAAUGGAUGAACAAAUACAAGUUAACCCUCAGUAUGUGAAGAAAUCGGCGGGAAGUCAUGAUGAAGAUAUGCCAGCUACAAGUCAAAACUCAAAAACAACUUAUACAAUGUAGCCAUAUAUUUCAUUUAAACCACAUAAUUUUAAGAUAAUAGUCAAAUAAAAAUGUUAAACAUUAAAAAAAA